GAUCUUUUAAACAGUAUCCCCCAAAACACAAACUGAGAACAGGCGACAAACCAGCCAGGGUUCGCAGUCUCCAUUCGUCUUCCUCUUCGUCUUCCUCUUCCUCUAAUUUGUUCCAACUUUCACCGUUUGUUUGCCGUCAUCUUUUCAGAUGAAGACUGUUUCUGGAAGAAUUGUGUCUACAAAGCCUCUUAGUUUGUCUAAAGCGGCCUAUGUUUUGUCGAAUUUUGUUAGCUCGGACAAUGGCGCUUCUCAACCGGUGGCUGCUUACCUGCGUCGCGCUUCUGCAGCUUUUGACGAGCUUGCGUACUUUAAAAAGCAUAUCAAGUCGAAAAAAUAUUCGUCAAAGGAUGAUGUUUCGACGAAAUCUGAUGUAAGCCAUCGAAGUUUCGAAGAACGUGAUCGUGAAAAUGGCGGGGUAAACAAGAAACUUGAUCAUGUUUCAGUUGAGGUUGAGGUUACGAUUGAUGAACACCGGGCCGGAGAAGGUGAUGGUAAGUUAAAAAAGAAAGAGAGGAAGAGGAAGAAGAGCGAGGGUAGUUUGGGGAGUGGACAAACCGAUAAUGUUGAAGUUGAGUUUAAAGAAGGUGAUCAGACGAUGAGCGAAAAGAGUGAAGAAAAGAAGAAAAAGAAGAAGAAGAGGAAGAAUGCGGAGGUUGAUGGGGGCGAAACUAGUAAUUCAGUGACGCCCGGAAGGAAGAAAAGAAGGAAAACCGAAGCUGAUGAUUAGUCUUGAAUAUUUGGUGAGAAUUUUUGUUGCUAUUUAAUUAACUUGACGAAUAUGUUAAGCAAUUUUGGAUGGUUAAAAACUGCGUUUGUGAUUACUGGUGUUUGUUUUUCUCUAGGAAUCUAUUUUUAAUGUUGUUGAGUUUAUCUUUCAAGCUA